UUUCGCUUCCUUAUCUCCGCCUUUAGGGUUUCUCUUCUUCACUACCGAAGCUCUCUCUCAUGGCUGACGAAUCGCAGUACUCCUCCGGCGACAACAAGCGCAAGUACGAGGAGCAGACCUCUCCUCCGCAUUCCGUUGUAACCCGCAGGCCCACCGGCUUCUCCUCCGGCCCGAUCUCGUCUGCGUCUCCGGAUCCCGGGGUGGCAGCCGCCGCUCCUCCGCCGCCUUCGUACAACAGCGUUCCGCCUCCGAUGGAUGAAAUCCAGAUGGCUAAGCAGAAGGCUCAGGAGAUCGCCGCUCGGCUCCUCAGUAGCGCCGACGCCAAGCGUCCUCGCGUCGACAACGGCGCUGCGUUUGAUUCCGGCGAGAAAGGCUUUAGCACUGGUCCCUCUGAUGGUAAGCCUCUGUCAGGUUCGGUUUCCUCGAACAUACCUUUUUCGUAUGGUAGCUACCAGGGCACCACGAAGAAGAUUGAAAUUCCAAACAUGAGGGUUGGUGUUAUCAUUGGAAAGGGUGGGGAAACGAUUAAGUAUCUCCAACUUCAGUCAGGAGCCAAGAUUCAGGUUACUCGAGACAUGGAUGCAGACCCCAAUGCCCCAUCAAGGAUGGUAGAGCUAACAGGCACGUCAGACCAGAUUUCAAAGGCCGAGCAGUUGAUAAAUGAUGUCCUACAAGAAGCUGAGGCGGGUGGUUCAGGUGGAGUCUCCCGUAGGAUGAGUGGACAAGCAGGAUCUGAACAAUUCGUGAUGACAGUUCCCAAUAAUAAGGUUGGUCUUGUGAUUGGUAAAGGAGGUGAAACAAUUAAAUCUAUGCAAGCUAAGACCGGAGCUCGAAUUCAGGUUAUACCUUUGCAUUUACCCCCUGGAGAUACAUCAGCAGAACGGACUAUUCAGAUUGAUGGGACCAGUGAUCAGAUUGAGCAUGCCAAACAUUUAGUUAAUGAAGUCAUCAGCGGUGAGCAUCGUCUUCGAAACCCGUCAAUGGGCGGGGGAUACCCGCCGCAAGGUUAUCAAGCACGUCCUCCGUCAAGUUGGGGACCCCCUGGUGCCCCGCCAAUGCAACAAUCUGGUUAUGGUUAUAUGCAACCGGGUGGAUACUCGGGUCCGUCACCACCUCAGUACCAAUCGCCUUACGGAAGUUACCCUCCGCAACAAACAUCCGGUGGCUACCCCUCAUCGAACUGGGACCAUCAGUCAUCUAUGCCACCAUCGCAGCAAACCACUCAAGGUGGGUAUGACUAUUACGGGCAACAGCAACAUCCGUCUUCGCAGCAACAGAGCGGCGGUGGCUCAGCUCCUCCUCCGGCUGAUGGCUCAGGUUUCAAUUACUACCAGAAUCAAUCUGGCUAUGGCCAACCUGUGGCGCAGGGUUACCAUCAGGACGCUUAUGGUGCAUAUCAUCAACAAUCUGGAUACGGUGAACCUGGUUACGAUCAGCAGCAACAAGGCUAUUCUUCUGCAUCUGGUUAUAACGCAAAUAACCCGAGUCAAGAGGGUGGUGCUCAGGGAGAUUCAUCGCAACCUCCGCCUUCAGCCCAAUCGGGUCAGCAACCAAGCCCUAACCCGGCUGCUUACCCACCUCACGGUACUUCUACCGCUACUGCUCAGACCGGCUAUGGAGCUCCCCCGGCAUCUCAGGCUAGUUACGGAGGCCAGUCUGCUGGUUACGCGUCAGGCUAUGGAGCCCCAUCAACCCAGAAGCCUCCUUACAGUCAGAGCCAACAAUCUCCGGGCGCUCCUGGGAGCUAUGGGGGUCAGUCUGGGUACUCCCAACCACCGGCAGCUGGUGCACCUUUGUCGGGCCAGCAACCGGGCUAUGGACCGCCACCCACUUAUGGCAGCACCGCACCUGCAGGUGGUCAGCAAGGCUACGGCCAAGCCCAGCCGCCUAUGUACGGUUCAUACGGAGGAUAUACGCAAGCCAUGGGUGGGUACCCUUCAGACGGGUCUGCUGCUGCUGCCGCGGCUGGAGGCGGUGAACAAGGUGGAGCGAAGGGGUCGUCACCGAAGAGUUGAUAUCCAUGGAAGGCGUUUUUAAGGGGAUUGGAUGGUAAGGAAAUAGUUUUUUGUAUUUUUGAAUUUUGGAUGGUUAGAAUGGGAGAAAGCUUUCUUAUAAUCCCAAACAGAAAAACUUUCUAACGGAACGGGACGUGAAUUUUUUCCGUAUGCGUUGCAUUGUAUUGUGUUUUAGAUUUCUGUCCGGAACAGCGUUUUUGAUAACAUGGCUUUGUCAUGGACUCUUUUAUCUC